CUAUUUCAUCCACUGAUACCAAUUGGGUAUAAUGUCCGCCACUUACACCAAUGAAGGGGACACAACUCCUUCCAAUGAUACCAAUGAUGAGGCACAAUUCCUCCCAGUGGCACAAAUGAUAGGGUCCAAUGACAUCAAUGAUGGGUCAGAAGUCCACCCACUGACACCAAACAAAGGGGCACUAUUUUUUCCUACUGUCGUCGGGACCUUUUCUACUCCCACUGGCCACAUGGGGGGAGGAAUAGUGCCCCCGUUGGUGUCAGUGGGGGGAGGAAUAGUGCCCCAUCGUUGGUGUCAGUGGGGGAGGAAUAGUGCCCCAUCGUUGGUGUCAGUGGGAGGAGUAGUGCCCCAUCUUUGUUAUCAGUGGGAUGAAUAGUGCACCAUCGUUGGUGUCAGUGGGAGGAAUAGUGCACCAUCGUUGGUGUCAGUGGGGGGAGGAAUAGUGCCCCAUCGUUGGUAUUAGUGACACAAAUGAUGGGGCACUAUCCCUCCCACUGACACCAAUGAUACUUACCUUGCUGACUCCUGCUCCAGCCUGGGCUCGCUCUCUCCCUCUCCCAUCUAC